AUGCUCUUCGAUUUCCACCAGAAGCAAAACGCGAAGAAGGCCAAGUCGGUUCAUGCCACCUACCUCAUCACCGGCAAGCAGCGCGCCCACGAAGCUUCCAAUGGCACCAGCGCCCAAGAUGGUGCCGACGUCGAUAUGCGGAGUUCUCCGUUCAAGAGCUCCAUGCCCGAAGCUGCAGAAGACGAAGGGGAUGACGACAACGACGAUGAUGAAGAUGAUGGAGAAGACGACGGUGACGACGAGCCGGUUCAGGAGACGACAAUUCUAUUAGUCCGGGAGGAAGAAUUGCAGCACACACGCGCCGAGUUCGACGAGGUGACGUCCAUCCACGUUUACAGUCUGGAGCCUGGCCCGAUUGAGGACUCUGGCGUACUGGCGGCCUGUAAUCAUGAAAUUGUCACGCAAGAUUCAGAUGAGGACCCCAUGAAUUGGUGGAGAAUAUAUGGGUCUAUCCAGAACCCCUAUGUCAAGCGAAGAACUGUCAAGUCCGUCCCUCCUCCCCUCGCCCCUGCCACAACGAAAGCCGCCGCAAAGCCCGUUGCAAAACCAUCAUUUGGUACCGCCACAGCAGCCCAGGGCAAGGCAAAGGACACGGACUCCACAACAAGCAAAGGUACCGCAGCGGAAGACAACGCGGCCAGCCGAUCUACGCCUCAAUCAAUAGCCAGCAACCCUACCUUGAAAAGGUCUGAUUCCAAAUCUGGCAACAAGAAAAGCCAAUCGGCAGGCGAUCUCUUCAAAUCGUUUGCAAAAGCGAAGCCAAAGACGAAAGAUGCCGAGAAGUCCAAGGAAUCGACGCCUGCCGCGGAUGAACCUAUGCAAGGUAUGUCUGAGGACGAAGGCGACGCAGGGGACAUGCCCGAGGUUGUCGUGGACGGCGCAAAGAACGAGGCUGCCCGCAAAGCUCGGGAGGACCGACAAGAAAAGUUGCGCAAGAUGAUGGAAGACGACGACGAAGACAUGCCAGACGCGCCGAUAGAAACCGAGUCUCAACCCGCAGCGACACCAGCCAGUAAUGCAGAGACCCCGGAAUCGACUCAAGGCGAAGCGACCGUCAUCGUCGAGAAUGGUCGAAGACGAGGCAAGCGACGGGUGAUGAAAAAGAAGAAGGUCAAGGACGAAGACGGCUACCUAGUUACCAAAGAUGAGGCCGUAUGGGAAUCCUUCUCCGAAGAUGAGCCUGAGCCCAAGAAGCUCAAGACAGCGACUACCAAACCGUCGAGUAGCACGAAGGGAAAACCUGCGGGAAAGAAGGGUCAGGGAAGUAUUGCCAGUUUCUUCAAGAAGGCUUGA